CUCGUGGAAAGGGACCACAACAACAAACAGUGCGCAACACACUUCUACAAAGAGACAGCCCUCUGCUGAACAUACAGCUACACAGCAUCAAUAGGAGUUAAAAGAGGAAGACGAGAGGACAGGAAAAUGUCAAGGCAUCAGAUUUUCUGCUGAGAUCCUGAUAAGAAUCCAAAGUGGGACCUUGAGGAAACUUAUAAAGAGAGAAAAGAGGGACAGGUAAGAGAUGAUGACAGUCAUUGAGUGCAUUUGUGACCUGUUUUACUAUAUGUAUAAUGUUGGCACUGCUUUCAAUAAUAGUAAUAAUAAUAAUAAUAAUUCAUCUUAUUUGUACAGUGCUUUUAAAAACACUCAAAGACGCUUUACAUAGUGCUUAAAACCCAAGGUAAUAAAACAAAGACAUAAAAACAGGAGAAAUAAAAUGAAUAAAACAGUUAAAUAUUAAAUGCAAUUUUAAAUAAGUGAGUUUUUAAAAGGGAUUUGAAAGUAGUGGGGUCAGGGCAGUGUCUGAUGGAGGGUGGUAGGGAGUUCCAGAGGGUGGGGGGCAGCUGUGGAGAAUGCCCGCUAAGUUAAGACGACUCAAAAGUAAGAGACAUCUUCUAGUGCUGAUGUUGAAUUUCCAUCUCAAAAUCCCUAUUAAACCCCCAGGAAGCCCACAGUUCACAUGGUGUUGCUUUAAAUGCAGAGAAAUACAUUUAUCUUUUGUAUCCCCCUUUGCUCUUGAGAUGCAAAAGAGGGGAGAAAUUUGCAGCCAAACCUGUCGAGUUUAUCUACAAUGAAGGUGAAAACAUUUUUGAGGCUCUGCAUAAAACACUGCGACAUAACAACAGUACCAUUUGUUCACUGAUAGGAAAAUAAAGAAUAAAAAGACAAUGCUAAAACAGGAAUAGCUGCGCAGGUGUUUCUGUCGUAAUCUAUCCAGACAGACAGUCUCCAAAGUAAUCAGACAGGCGUACCGUGGGCCCUGUUCAUAAAAUGUCUGAGUGGGACUGCACUGAACGAGGCUGAUGUCACUGCAGUGAAAUAAAAAAAAGGAGUAGUGUGUUAAAACUGCUAUUAUAAAAAAGUUUGAACACUUUGUCAGGAGAGAUAAAACAUUCAUGAGCACACAUUUGCUAAGAAUCAAAGUCUGAACAUAACACAUCUUCAUUUUUUUACUCUCUUCAGCUGAAAAUGCAUCAACUUUGAUAAUCGGACUGUUGCAUACAGACCAGUACAUUUCCCUGUUCGGAAUUUGGGUUGCACAAAAAUCUUUUUUGUGAUUUUGUUGGAGGACUCCAAAAUUAUUUGCAUUUUAUAUUAUGGCUGCAUGACACAGGACUCUGUGGGACAGAAAUCAGUUGACCUGGCAAGUUGGACCUGCUUGAGUUGACGAAACUCAUGAUCAUUUUCUGUAUCCCAAAGCAUUCCAUAUGUUUUUGGCAUGGAAGUUCUUGGUAAAGCAGGUAAAAACAAAAGGAAUAAAAUCUACUCUGCACUGUAAUUUGAUCUAGUUUGGACCCAGUUAGUGGUUGAUAAUCAUGUUUAACAUCAAGCCCUAAGAAGAUCAAAAAAUAAGAAACUAUUUCAUUGAAAAUCUUAAAUCAGUAUUAUUGCUUGCACAAGGUAAAGACAGAUUUUUUGGCUUCAGUUGCUUUUCAGAUACAGCUACAGUCUCCAUCCUCAGGAUGGGCCAACCAGCAGAGAGCAUCUUCCACUACAAAGACCAGGAGCAGUCCUCCAGCCUGCUGCUGCAGCUGAACAAACUGAGGCGGGAGAACAUCCUGACCGACGUGUCGCUGUGUUCAGAUUGCACAGAGAUCCCGUGUCAUCGUAAUGUUCUGGUCUCCAGUAGCCCGUAUUUCAAGGCCAUGUUCUGCAAUAACUUCUUAGAGAGCCAGCAGACCAAGAUUAACAUAAAGGGUGUCACAGCGACCAUCCUGAGCAGUGUCAUUGACUAUGUUUACACCGGACUCAUUAGUAUCAGCAUGGAGAUCGUGCUGCCUUUAAUGCAGGCUGCGUCCAUGUUACAAUAUGGCCGACUCUUUGAGGCCUGCUCAAGUUUCCUGCAGAAUCAGAUGAGUCCUGACAACUGUUUGAGCAUGAUAAGACUCUCUGAGAUCAUGAAUUGUAAAAGUUUGAGAGACAAAGCAAAGGAAAUGGCCAUGAAGAGCUUCUCUGAUGUGUCAGCAUCAGAGGAUCUGUGUGAGCUCUCUUUACCUGAGCUCAUGGGAUACCUGGAGGAUGAUAGUCUAUGUGCAGAGGAGGAGCAGGUCUUUGAAACUUUGGUCGCUUGGAUCCACCAUGAUCCUUUAUCCAGACGAGGGGCCAUCAGUGACCUUUUUAAGAAAGUCCGUCUUCGCUACAUCCAUCCCACCUACCUCUUUCAGUUCAUAGCCAACGACCCUCUGAUCCAGUCGUCCACCCUCUGCACUGAGCUCAUUGAAUCAGUAAGACGACUCAUGUUUGCUGUCAGCACCAAGUGCAUCAGUGACACGGUAGACUUCAAACCUCUGUGGGUGGCACCAAGGCGUUACUCCUACCAUGAUAUGUUGGUGGUGGUGGGAGGGAGGAAGAACAACGAGCAGACGUCCAGAGAAGCCCUCGUCUUUGAUGCGAAGACUGAAAAAUGGCAGUGGCUCGCCAAGUUGCCUGUUCGUCUCUAUAAGGCCUCUUACGUCGCCCUCCACAGUGUGCUAUAUGUCAUUGGAGGCCUGACCAUGAACACUAAGUUUAGCCAAAUCAGUUCAACUGUUUACACCCUUUCCCUGAAGACCAACCAGUGGAGGACAGCAGAGCCGAUGCUGGGACCUCGCUUUGCCCACCAGAGUGUCUCCUACCUCCACUUCAUCUUUGUCCUGGGAGGCCUUGGCCCUGACAGACGACUGACAGGCAGUGUGGAAAGGUGAGAUGAACCAUAAUUCACUUUAUAAACAUAAUACACACAUACAUACAGCAAAAUCAACUUAUCUCUCAACAUUGAAAUCAGAUACAACAGCAUGUUCAACCAAUGGGAGACCAUGGCGCCAAUGCCCGAGGCUGUGCUGCACCCUGCAGUGGCUGCAACAAACCAAAGGAUCUAUGUGUUUGGAGGAGAAGAUGCCAUGCAGAACCCAGUCAGAUUAAUACAGGUGAGAUAAAGUGAUUGUCAACUGUGAUCUGGAGACAGAAUCUGAGUCAGGAUGUGAAGAUAUUAUCCUGCCACAUUUUGAGGUAGAAUAACACCCCUUAGCUGAGUCCUAAUUCAAAGGCUGCAUCCUCUGAUAAGUGCAUUUAAAUGCUGAUUGUCUCCCAACGAUGUGAUGAAAGCUCUGGGAUAUAUAUCAGGCCACAAAGGAUGCACCCAUGUUUCCUUCACGGCCUGGGGUCAACAGCUGUCCCGUUUUUGAGGCUCCUCCAAGCACAGCCUCCUACCUUUCCUUGGCCACAUAUGAAGGAGCUUUUAAAAUGUAGCUGCUUUUGACUCCAGACAGUGAAGGAUGCUCAGGGUGAAUCAUUUGUGGCUAAACAUAUCCUGUGAUUUUAUGCACAAAGAUUCAACUGAUAUGGUGGUGCCCAACCCAAAUAAUAUACUGUUAAAUACAAUAAAUGUACUCUGUGGAAGAGCAUGCGAAUGCUUAAGAGGCAUAUAAAUGCUACUAAAUAAUGGUGAUGGUGGUUAAGUUACGUGACAUUACUCAUGUUAGGUGGUGCAGCAAACAGGAAAUCCUCUGUAAACCAAACCACCUAAUUUCAGGUCAGUCUAAGCAGGUCAUCCAUGCUAUAAAGGCUGGAACCUUGAAGAAUUCUACUCAUGGGUUUAGAUUUUAUGUCAGUCUAUGUCAUCUCAUGUUAACCCAUUAACUCCACAUUUAGUAUAUACUGAUGAUAAAGCUGCUGGGUAAAGUGCAUAUCAGUAUCAAAUCACCCCAUUCACAAGCAUUCAAAACCCACUUGCUUUGCCUCCAGCUGUGGGCUUUGUGUCUUAUCCAUGGACUGUAUUACAGUUAACUCUGUGUUUUUCCACCAGCAAUAGUGCUGCCAGUAAUCUGUGCUUUCUAAUCCUGCUGGUACUGGGGGGGUGUACUAAAAUCAAAUACUAAAGUAAGCAUUGGCAAAGACAAAAAAUGGUACUGGAAGAAAUAUUAAAAUCUUACAAUAUGAUAUAGCUCUGACCUAAGACCACUGCUUUUUCACUUAAGGACAGAAACUGUUCAAAAUGGUCACAUUUUGAAUAGAAGUUUAAUGGUUUCAAUACCAGAUGUAAAUGUGGUACAUGCUGCUUAUUUUUAUAUUGUUAAAUCCAUUUACAUUGAAUCACUUUCUCAAAUUUCAUUACCUUGAACCCUGACCCCCUUCUUCUUCCUUUAGGUGUAUCACAUUGCCAGGAACAUGUGGUCCACGAUGGAGAACAGAACAGUGAAGAAUGUGUCCGCUCCUGCUGCCAUUUUGGAUGAGAAAAUCUACAUCAUUGGAGGUAGAAAACUGCAUAAAUGGACUAUAAAGAACAGGAACCUUUCUUUUUUUUCUAGAGUUCAUUUAAGUGUUUGUUGAUUUCUGUUAUGAAUGAAGUUGUAAGGACACAGACCUACAUUCUGCUUGGUCUAAACACACUGCCCCUCUCAGAUGAAUGUGCGUCUCUGUCACAGGAUACACCAGGAGGAUGAUUGCAUAUGACACCAAGGCCAACCGGUUCAUCAAGUGUGCCAACCUGAAGGAGCGGAGGAUGCACCACUCUGCCACCGUCCUCGACAACAAGCUCUUUGUCACCGGUGGACGUCACAUCAACGGCCAUGAUGUCAUAGAGGACUCAGACAGUUUCGAGUGCUACGACCCAAAGACAGACACUUGGACAGCAAAGGGGACUCUCCCUUAUAAACUGUUUGAUCACGGCUCCCUGACUCUGACACAUGUCUCACAAACAUGGGCAAAAUCAUAGCUGUGGUCUAGUUAAUAUCUGAAUGCAAGUGACUUGCAAUUAACUUGAACAGGUUUCUUUUUUAAUCAAAGGAGUUGAUGCUCCUGACAAGGAGAAAAAUGAAUCGUGCAUAGAACUGUGAUUUAAUUUUUCACGUAAAUAUAAAACAGUAUUGACACUUUAACUGUGCUCAUUUGUUAUUCCACAUCUUUCCUAUGUUUUGAAAAGGCAAGACAACCUCUGAAAACACCCCGCCUGCUGCACAGCCGCUCUUUAACCUGUCUGAGUUCAUGAAAGCUGUAGGUUUUAUUUUGGUCCGCUCUAAAUCAUGAGAUUUCACUUGUCAAGUUUGAAUCCCAGGGCUUUGUUAUGUUUGGUGAAG